CUCUCUCUCUCUCUCAUCUCAUCGUUCUCUUCAUCACUCUUGUUUUGCGCGUGUGUGAUAUAUAAUGUGAACGCAAUUUCACGCGCUGGGCUCCGAUCAUUCCAAUGGCUCUUGUCGAUCACGGACGAUGAUUUUUGUCUAUCUUAUUUUUCCAUUUGCAUUACGGGAAUAUCGCUCCAGCGUCGACGCAGUCUGUGAGCAGAAGAGAUCUCUACCUCCCGUGACUGCUGAAGGAUAUCUUUGCAUGCCGAGAUACUAAAUAGACACGGAGAGCACCUUCAAUGCCGUGGGAACAUGUCAUAUGUUCCCUUUCAAGAUGCGAGGUGUGCUGUCCCCCCGUCCUACCGACACCAGCCCUCCUUCGCUGCUGCUCCCUCCUACGAGCAACCCGACUGGAACCCUCGUCUGUGUGUGAUCUCUGGACAUCAGCUCUACAUGUUGGACCAGGAGGAGGUUCACCCUUUGUUGAUGCGCGAGCGGCGCUCCGAGUCGCACAGGAACAAGCUGCUGCGACGGACGGUCAGCGUGCCGGUGGAGGGAAGGCCCCAUCCUGAGAUGGACAACGCUCGGCUCCGUCGGAAAAGCAUUGCCACCGGGAAACAGCCAAGCAUGGAGAUCCCACCCACUGCCCCCCCUCAACCCUUCCGACAAUCCAGUUUCCUCAGCAGAAGACUAAAGGGGUCCAUCAAACGGGCCAAGAGUCAGCCAAAGCUGGACCGAACCAGCAGUUUCCGUCAGAUGAUCCUCCCUCGAUUCCGCAGCGCUGACCAGGACCGGACACGUCUGAUGCAGAGCUUCAAAGAGUCGCACUCCCAUGAGUCUUUGCUGUCUCCCAGCAGUGCAGCCGAGGCUCUGGAUUUGACACUAGAUGAAGACGCCAUCAUCAAACCAGUUCACUCCAGUAUACUGGGACAGGAGUACUGUUUUGAGGUGACAACUGCUUCAGGAACAAAGUGUUUCGCCUGUCGGUCGGCUGCGGAGCGAGACAAAUGGAUAGAGAAUUUACAGAGAGCUGUCAAACCCAACAAAGACAACAGUCGACGUGUCGACAACGUUCUGAAGCUCUGGAUCAUAGAGGCUCGGGAACUCCCACCCAAAAAGCGCUAUUAUUGUGAACUGUGUUUGGAUGACAUGCUGUACGCCCGCACCACCAGCAAACCCCGAACCGAUACCGUCUUCUGGGGUGAGCACUUUGAGUUCAACAACCUGCCAGCUGUCCGAAACCUCCGCCUUCAUCUUUACAAAGAGACCGACAAGAAAAGACGUAAGGAGAAAAGCACAUAUUUAGGCUUGGUCAGCAUCCCCAUUUCCAGCAUCACCGGUCGCCAGUUUGUAGAGCAGUGGUACCCUGUCAUUCAGCCCAGCGUCCUGGCCAAGGGUGGAGGUGUGGGAGGAGGCAAAAUCAUCAACGCAUCCCUGCGGCUCAAGUCGCGCUUUCAGACCAUGAGCAUCUUGCCGAUGGAGCUCUAUAAAGAGUUUGCAGAGUACGUAACCAACAACUAUCGAACGUUAUGCGCCGUUCUGGAGCCGCUGUUGAGCGUGAAGAGCAAAGAAGAGGUGGCUUGUGCGCUGGUGCACAUCCUGCAGAGCACAGGGAAGGCAAAGGACUUUCUUUCAGACAUGGCAAUGUGUGAGGUGGACCGAUUCAUUGAUCGAGAGCACCUCAUCUUCAGAGAGAACACAUUGGCCACCAAAGCCAUAGAAGAGUACCUCAAACUCAUCGGACACAAGUACCUCAAAGACGUUUUAGGUGAUUUUAUCAGAGCUUUGUAUGAGUCAGAGGAGAACUGUGAAGUCGACCCCAUGAGAACUCCACCUUCAAUACUGCCCGAACAUCAAGCCAACCUCCGGAUGUGCUGUGAACUUGCCCUCUGCAAAAUCGUCAACUCUCAUUGUGCUUUUCCAAGAGAACUGAAGGAGGUCUUUGCCUCCUGGCGUGUCCGAUGUGCAGAGAGAGGGAGGGAAGACAUUGCUGAUCGACUAAUCAGUGGUUCCCUUUUCCUGCGCUUCCUGUGUCCGGCCGUCAUGUCCCCGUCCUUAUUCAACCUCACGCAGGAAUAUCCCGACGAGCAGACGUCACGCACACUCACCCUAAUAGCCAAAGUCGUGCAGAACCUUGCUAACUUCUCAAAGUUUGGCAGUAAGGAGGAGUACAUGUCCUUUAUGAAUGAGUUUUUAGAGAUGGAGUGGGGAUCCAUGCAGCAGUUCCUCUACGAGAUCUCCAAUCUAGAUAGCGUGAGCAAUGCAGGCGGUUUCGAGGGCUACAUCGACCUGGGACGCGAGCUUUCCAUCUUGCACAGUCUUCUGUGGGAAGUUAUGGCACAGCUAAGUAAGGAUGCUAUCAUCAAACUUGGACCAUUGCCACGCCUACUAAAUGACAUCAGCAUGGCGCUCCGUAACCCUCAUCUCCAGAGGCAGCCCAGCCAUCCGACAGACAGACAGCCUCCAGAGAGACAGACGGAUAGAUUGCUCUCCAGGCCCAGCUUUAACCGAGGCGUCUCGUCUGAGUUUCAGAACCUCAUGAUGAGAGACCUCAACAGUUCGAUAGACAUCACUCGCUUGCCCUCUCCAACCUCUGCUAUGUCCAGCGGCGGAGCUCCCCCAUCUCGGCCUGGAAUGGGGGGGUUCGCGGAUCGAGAUCAUCCUCACAGAGCCUCAUCGAAAGAUGUUUUCUAUGUCGCCCGCCCCCCGUUGGCCCGGUCUAGUCCCGCGUACUGUACUAGCAGUUCUGAUAUUACUGAUCCAGACCCAAAGGACUCAAGAAUGAACAGCGUCUCUAACCUGCAGUCUAUGGGGGACAUGCUCAACUCUUCCCAGGCCUCGAUUGCCGGCCUCGGCAGCUACGCUGGGCUCGCGGGUUUGGGUGGAGGUCUCGGAGGUCAGCUGCGCGCCGGAGGGAGGAUGUCGGCCGGGUCCGGGGGCUCCAGUAUGUCCGGGGGACUCCGAUUGAGCCAGAUGGGAACCACCAGCGAUUCGCUGCAGCAGCAACAGCAGGCCGCCGCUCUCCGCUACCCCCUCUCCUUCCAGAAUCCCCUGUUCCACCUCGCCGCAGACGGGCCGCAGCUUCAUCACCAGCACAGUCGAGCUCAGCCGCCGCCUCCUCUGCUGCUGUCCCCUGAACCGGACCCCUCUCACCCCGCUUACAUGCCACAGUUCGCCCACGGCGGCUUCUCCCGGAGCGAGGACCUCUCCACCCUCAGACCUGGACCUCACCUGGGUCAGCCGAGCAUCAUUCACUCACACAGCUACAGUGACGACUACACCCGACAUAAUCAGAGCGACUACGGGCGACGGCAGGUCCCAAUGCACUUGCAGGAUCAGCAGCAGAUGACGGGCAUGACAUCACAGACCGGCACAUCUCACUCGUCGCUUGCCACGCCUCCCACCACCGUUCAGCCCGUCCGUCAGACAUCCAUGGCUCCUCCCACGCAGCGAAUGAAAUCUCAACCCUCGCAUCAGCUUUCCGUGAGCUCUGCCGCCGCACCCGCAGCCAAAACCAGGCCGCAGAGCGGGAACCUGCUGCAGUCCCCGGAGUCCGGUUUCGGGGGCCGGCAGCAGGGGCCCCGGCAGCAGCUCUCCGUCAAAGACAGCACGCCUCCUGGCCUACCGCAUCAGCAGAGCUCCACCAGGGAGAGCCAGGGGUCACAGGGCUCUCAAGGUGGAACACCACAGUCUACACAACAAUCCAAAUCACAUCAGGAACGGCAACAGGUUCAACAACAGAAUCUCCUCAAGCCCACAGUGAGCAAACAGGGUUCUUCACAAUCUCCAUCUACACUCAACCCCGCGACCCCUGCCUCUGAACGAACGGUCGCUUGGGUGUCCAACAUGCCCCAUCUUUCUGCUGACAUCGAGAGUUCUCGCAUCGACAGAGAAGAGUUCAAGCUGAAGGAAUACUCCAAGAGCAUGGACGAGUCUCGUCUGGACAGGGUGCGAGAGUACGAGGAGGAGAUCAAUUCGCUGAAGGAGCGUUUGAUGAUGUCACACCGUAAGCUGGAGGAGUACGAGAGGAGGCUGUUAUCUCAGGAACAGCAGACCAAUAAGAUCCUGCUGCAGUAUCAGAGCCGCCUGGAGGACAGUGAGAGACGCUUGAGACAUCAGCAGAUGGAGAAAGACACCCAGAUUAAAGGAAUUAUUGACAGGCUCAUGGCUGUGGAAGAUGAGUUGAGAGUAGGGGUGGUACCUGAGCACAAACCCAGGAUUUUUCCAGACCAGGAAAAGCAGCUUUCCUCCUUGGGUUCAGCAGACCCCCGUGUGAGUUUUGGAGGAGAAAUGACCAGCGCUUCUGGCUUUGGAAAGUCCUUCGCGGAAGAUCCCUCCACCCCGUACUCCCAGAACGGAGUUUUGUCCUUCCCGUUAGUGCCCCCUCCUCGUUUUCCCCGCCAGAACGGAGAGCUCCGUGGCAACCAAAAAUCAGCCCCAGUGAUGGCCGCUAUGGCAACGGGGAUCACAGCGACAGCAUCCAGGGAUGGGGCAAGAUUGGAGGGGGAGCAGGUCAAUAACAACACUGACCAAAACAAUUAUCAAAAGUCACAUUUUUCGUUUCCCUAUACGUUUCAGCUGUAAGGAUAAAGCUUCAGAUGUCUUUUGCUUUGCUUUUUGUACAUUAUGGACAAUGGGAGGAAGGACGCAUCAUUGCUUGCACCAUCCAAAACGAAAGGGCUCUCCAUAGGAUCUGAUACUUUUCCUAUAUUGUUUUUGGAUCAAGCCCCUGUCACAUCCAAACUAUUGAAAUCUUCAAUGAAAUAAAGCAGUCAGUUCAUAUUCAAAUUCAAAGAAGCUGGAAUGGCGUGCAAAAAACUAUUCAAUAUGUUUUGAAGCGCACCACCACCUAAAUUGAACCAGCUUUGUCUUGGAGACUUUGCUAUGUCCCUAGUGCCUUUCUGUAUCUUCUGACAGGGUUUUCAAACGAACACGAGAAUAAUGACGACAGAAUUACAGAAAUGGUCGACGCCUCUCUUCUCUUGAGAUUACGUAAGGUUGAUGUUUUCAUCUUCUCGGGAUUUCAACCCUGGAGGAAGCGGCCGUGUUGUUGUGGACGUUGUGACAGGUGUGCAAACUGCUUGUGGUCUUCGAAUUGCCUCACUAGACUGAACUUGUGCAAUGUUUUCUCUUCUCAAACUCAGAACCUAUGUGUAUUUAACUGGUGCUAUGAAAUCUCAAAGCAUUGCUAUGUGUCACAUAACCACCUCACAUGACCAUCUCGCCAUCAUCCUUAAUGUUCAUAUUCGUCUUUGUCUUCCCUUUAAUUUAUCUUUUUCAAUGUGUAUGCUUGUGAUUUUGUUAAAAGCGUGAGGUGAUCUCUGUCAGGGGAAACACUUUUAACCAAAACUGAGAUGCGAGGCCAGAACGCAGGUUUCGUUUUUACAAAAAGUGUUUUCUCAAAUGCAAAGAAAGCUGAGAUUUAAAGCAAAUAAGCGGCACGGUGUAAGUGCUUUUGUGGGUGGUUUUUUUAGCGGGAUUUUGACGUGCCAUGUUUUCAGCGAAGAAAGAAAUAUCCAACGGAAGUUGAUGGCAUUGUAGAAAGUAAUUUUUUACAUUAUCUAAAUUAAGAAUAUAUUACACUUUUAUUACAAAAUAUAAUAUUUCAUGCACAUGAUUCAUGCUUGCUUAAAACAAAGAAGUUAUCUUAUGUUGACUUGAACUAGUGUUUUUAAAAAGUAGCUUGUGUUGGCAUUAAAUUGUCAUUUUGGUGUGUAAAAUAAUCAGAUCGUAUGUACUGUACAGAAAUAACGCUAGCUAUAACUCCUCAUUGAACUAUCACUGCCAUGAUGUGCCAUCUGAUACUGAUUGUAUUCUCAUUGUUUACUUUUUUUAUAUUGAUCAGUUCAUUGGAAGACAUUUACAUGGCUUUGCUGAUACAUUUCAAAUCAUUCAUUUGUAAUUGAAUCCAUCGCUGAUGUGAGGCCUUUAUGUAUAUGUAUCAAAGCUACACCAAUAUAACCAACCUAGACGAAAGCGCUUGUCAAUAUAGUAUCUGCACAAUAAAACCACUGAGCUGUACUGUAUCAUACGAAGGAUUGGGACGGCACGAGAGGAGAAUGGACUGAUUGCCAUUUUAGCUUUUAAGAGGGCUAUACUUCUUUCACUUCUAUUUAGUAAUAAACCAGGCAAUUUGUUUAUGUCCCAAAAAGCAUUGGGGAAAAAUGGGAUAACAGGGUUAUCGUCUGAAAACGUGCCAUGAAAUGAAAUGAAUAUACCUCAUACGUAGAAUCGAACGACUCAGGUAAACUAUCAAUUGCCUCCCAGUUUAACGCAAACUGGAAAGAAGAAAUAAAGACCAUUUUGGUAGUUAGUCCAUUUCUUCUCCGAGUCGAUCGGUUAGCAGCUCAUCAAGCACCUCUUGUAUCCCCUUCAUCUCCAGCCAAACGCAAAGCUUCGUGGAGGACAAUCUGGAAUCUAAUUGGAGGCCUCAUCUAGGACAGUCGACCGGUUGGUCAGGUUUUAAUUCGAGGGCGAUGCCGCGCGAUUCGAUCGGUUGACGGAGGGCAAACGUAGGCUUUGACUCGUGCCAAAGCCGAUCCAAAGAAACAAAAUAGGUUCCCUCCCUCCGUCGUGGCCUCUCUCUGAAAAUACAAGUUCGCUUUUGGAUGCUCUUUUGGAAGUUCUUUUGUGCCUCACAAUGGCUGGUUGGCCGGCCAUACGUGCACACGAAAAAGACUUCACCGAGAGAGACGGAGGACUUUUGUGGAUCAGAUCGAUCUUAAAGGUGCUGUUUUAUAGGUUCUUAACUAAAUACAUUUAGGAUGUUGGUACAAUCCUCUUCUUCUCAUUAACGUCACAUUAGCUCUGCCCUCCACACCUGCCUGUGUCUCUCAAUCGUGUUUUUUAGUUUGGGGAAACUGAAUAUGCACAGCCUUUUUCUCUCAAGAGACGCUGAAGUGAUUUUGUAAAAGGCUGGAACUGUAUUUUUUAACUUCUGGACUGGACCUCACCCAGAUGAGAUCGAAUAUUUACAUGCUGGUAAUGUGAGAACGUGGAAAGUUUAUGUGACAAUCUCUUUGCAACGAAUUUUCGUUAUAUUCGAAGGAAAGUUGACCUGCUCCCCCUCCCCGACUCUCGCACUUUGCUUCAUCCUGGAUACUCGACGGCGACGACUCGGUGAAAGAAGGAUGCGGGAACUUUUACUUUAUUUCUUUCGUUUACUACGAUCGCUGUGGUGUUUUUGAUUUAUGGAUGAUCAGACAGUUUGGUUCCUCAUAUUUAGAAACUUUGUGGGCUAGUUUGUGCGAAGCAAAGCCAAGUUGGUGUGUUAAUUGUUCAACUUUAUUAUUUGGAUGCGGACAUUUCCUUCCUUUUUCACUACUAGACAAAAAUCUAAACUUUGAGAGGUAAUGCAGGUUAAAUAUUAUUGUGAGUGACUGUGUUUAUAUACAGUGUGUGUACAGUCGUUGUGUAUAUACUGGAUGUAUGGUUAUAUACGGUAUAUAAUGUAUUUGUAUAUAGGGUAUCUUUGUAUAUGCAGUGUACAGAAUGUUCUUUACCGAUUUGCUUUUUCCUCAAUAUGUGUGACGAUCGUAAGCGUACGAGAACUUUCUGGAAGUGUAAUAUUUACAGUGGCAACUCUCUGGCAAGAGUCUUUGGAAGCACUUUUUUGCUCAGGCUGUAUACGCAGUCUGAAAGCUAUGAUGAUGCAUUGCCAUGCGUCUGCCACAGGUUUUGCCAGUCUAUAGCUUGCACUCAUUUUCACAUUGAUCGAGGUGUUUUGUAACAAGUUCUGGGUGACCAAGCAAUGGUUGUAUAUAAAUCUAUAGGAUAAAUACCUACUGUAUGUAUGCAUAUAUUAACUUUUCCAGACAUGAAUCGCCUGCUGAUCCGUGCAUUUUCCAUUGCUUUUAAUUACAACAGUGCUGUGUGUCUGAUGAGAUGUUUGGAUCGGUGUAGAAAGUCAUGAAACUUUUUCCAAAUGUUCCCAUUUACUGACAUUUUAUAUGGCCCGAUGCUUUAUUCACUCAUUACUUGCCGAGCAACUCUUCCAUGCAAGUAAUUGCGUUUUUGUCCCCCGUAAAUGAAUGGAGUUCCCAUGAUGUGCCUCUUUCUAAUAAACUUCAGUUGAUCUUUGGCAGCCAACCACGAGCCAAUCAUAUUCAUCUUUCUUGACAAGCCAUAAGCCCCGCCCCUAAAAUUUCAGUUUUUAAAAAGGGCAGACACUUGGGAAUUUAUUUCUUUUUGUAUAUAUAAAUAUAUAUAUAUAUAUACAUAAAUAUAUAUUAAUAGAAAGAGUGGUAUGUCAGAGUGUAUUGCCAAUGUUUUUGGAUUUGUUAUGAAUGUUGAUAUUCUGGUUAUUGAAUUAUGAUUAUUAUUAUUAUUAUUGUAAUAAUGAUAUAAUGACUGCUGUUAUCAUUUCAUCUUUUAGUUUAUUCAAUGCUGUUAAAGACUUUCAUUUCUUUUUGAAUAAAUCUGAAUUUAUAUUUUUCGGGUGGGCCAAUUAUAGAAAUGAAAUCAAUUAAACAGAUGAAUAAAGAAAUAAUUAAAUUCUUAUUGAA